CUGGCGGGGAGCAGGAAGGACGGGGCAGGCAUUUGGAACCCUGGAACAGCAGAGAGCAGGGCCUCUCCAGUGGCAGGGCACCUCUAGGUGGCAGGAGCUCCCCAUUCUCACCAUGAGCACCACCACAGGCCCAGAAGCUGCCCCCAAACCAAGUGCCAAGUCAAUCUAUGAGCAGAGGAAGCGGUACUCCACUGUGGUUAUGGCUGACGUUUCCCAGUAUCUAGUCAAUCACCUGGUGACGUUCUGCCUGGGGGAGGAGGAUGGCGUGCACACAGUGGAAGACGCCUCACGGAAGCUGGCCGUCAUGGACAGCCAGGGCCGCAUCUGGGCCCAAGAGAUGCUGCUGCGCGUGUCUCCAGACCACGUCACGCUGCUUGACCCCAUCUCCAAGGAGGAGCUGGAGUUGUACGCGCUGGGUGCCAUCGUGCGCUGCGACGCGGUGCUGCCGCCCGGCCGGAGCCGCUCGCUGCUGCUGCUCGUGUGCCAGGAGCCCGAGCGCACACACCCUGACGUGCACUUCUUCCAGGGCCUGCGUCUCGGGGCGGAGCUGAUCCGCGAGGACAUCCAGGGGGCUCUGCAAGACUACCAGACGGGCCGCGGGGAGCGCAGGCCCGCGGCGCUCAGGGCCACGCAAGAGGAGCUGCAGCGCCGCCCCUCGCCAGUGGCCGAGACCCCUCCCCUGCAGCGCCGCCCGUCCGUCCGAGCCGUCAUCAGCACGGUGAGCGCCGGCCGGGGGCGCUCCCAGGCGGAGCCCAUCCCCGAAGCGGAAGAGUCGCAGAGGCCCGGCCCGGCCGGGACCGCAGGCAGCCCUGACCCGGCCUCCCCGGAUCUGGGCCCCCGAGGUCCGGAGCUGGCCAGUCUGCAGGCGGAGCGGGACGUGGACAUCCUGAACCAUGUGUUCGACGACGUGGAGAGUUUCGUGUCGAGGCUGCAGAAGUCUGCGGAGGCUGCCCGCGUGUUGGAGCACCGGGAGCGCAGCCGCCGGACGCGGCGCCGGGCGGCUGGGGAGGGUCUCCUGACGCUGCGGGCCAAGCCCCCCUCCGAGGCCGAGUACACCGACGUGCUUCAGAAAAUCAAGUACGCCUUCAGCCUGCUGGCCCGGCUGCGCGGCAACAUCGCCAGCCCCUCGUCCUCGGAGCUGCUGCACUUCCUGUUCGGGCCGCUGCAACUGGUCGUGGACUCGUCGGGCGGCCCCCGAUUCGCAAGUGAAGUGCGGCGGCCGCGCCUGACGUCCGAGGCCGUGGCACUGUUGCGGGACCACCUCACCCCACGUGAGAGUGCGCUCUGGACGUCGCUGGGGGACUCGUGGACCCGCCCCGGGUUGGAGCUGCCCCCAGAGGAGGGAUCCCCGUACAGCCCUGAGUUCUCCAGCGGCUGGGAGCCCCCCGCGACCGACCCUCAUGGCCGCGCCUGGGAGGACCCAGUGGAGAAACAGCUGCAGCACGAGCGGCAGCGCCAGCAGGUAAGGCUCCCUGGAGAGCCUCGCACUCCCCCCAGGGGCACAGUGGGGCUGGGUGCGUUAGUGUGGCCCUGCCUGAGCUGCUGCUCUCCUCUCCUCUUCUCUCUCCCGCAGCAAAGUGCGCCCCAGGUCGCUGUCAAUGGUCACCAAGACCCAGAGCCGGAGGCUGAGCCGCAGCCGCAGCCGGACGGAAAGUGGGUGCUGUGUAAUUACGACUUCCAGGCCCGCAACAGCAGCGAGCUGUCGGUCAAGCAGCAGGACGUGCUGGAGGUCCUGGAUGACAGGCGCAAGUGGUGGAAGGUUCGGGACCAGCAAGGGCAGGAAGGAUACGUGCCCUAUAAUAUCCUGACACCCCACCAGCGACCCCGGGGAAGCUGCAGCCACAGCCCUUCCGGCAGCCUGGAGGCUAGCACUCCCCAUCACGCACCAGCGCCGGCCCCAGCUCCUACCCCGUCUCGGCCCCACUGGGACAGUUGUGAUAACCUCAACUUGGACCCCAGAGAGAAGGAGAAAUUCUCCCAGAUGCUGUGUGUCAAUGAGGAGCUGCAGGCGCGCCUGGCCCAGGGCCGCUCCGGCCCCAGCCGCGCAGCCCCGGGUCCCCGCGCCCUGGAGCCCCAGCUCAGCCCACACUCGGACACCGCGGAGGUCCGCGCCUGGCUGCAGGCCAAGGGAUUUAGAGCCGGGACCGUGGAGGCGCUGGGCGUGCUGACUGGCGCGCAGCUCUUCUCGCUGCAGAAGGAGGAGCUGCGGGCCGUGAGCCCGGAGGAGGGAGCCCGCGUGUACAGCCAGGUCACCGUGCAGCGCGCGCUGCUGGAGGACAAAGAGGAAGUGUCAGAGCUGGAAGCGGUGAUGGAGAAGCAGAAGAAGAAGGUGGAAGGCAACCUGGAAACAGAGGUUAUCUGACCAUCCCCGGCUGCUCUGCUCGAAGUUUCGAGGCAGCCCCGCGGGAGAACGGACUCUGCAGACUGCCCCCACCCACGGAAGACAACCCCUGGCGAAGGCUCCAGACCUGUUCCGCCUCUGGUCCUCCCCCAACCCCGUGGAGUCUCCCGAGUGAGCGGACUGGCCAGGAGUGGGGGGAAAGGGGCCACACUCGGGUGCCCUGCGCACGGUGAGAUGCCACCCAGACCAUAAACAGCGUCCUCUUCCCAGGCAUUGUCAACUGCUUCCCUUCUCUACGCGGCCACCAGGGGGCCCAGCAACCUGCCCCUCGCCCCAGGUCCCCCUCCCUACCUUUUCUGGUUUCUUUCUCAGGCUUCCUCUUCCCCUGCCAGCCAGUCCUCUAGUCCAGAGAGAGCUCUGAACACCCAGUCUUCUUCCCUGGCUCCCCAAGACCACCUUAGCCCCAGCGCCUCACGUUUAAGGCCUUGAGAGGUUUGGUCCCUACCCCACCUCCUCCCCUCCCCCUGCCCCCUGCACUCUGGCCCUGCCCUCCUCAAACACCCCCAGGACCCCUCAGCCACUGGGCUCAGGCGUGCUCUCUGCUGCCUGGUGAGUGGCUCAGCCUCCCUGCUGCAGCUCAAACACCCACUUCAGAGAAGCCUGUCCUCUCCCAGCGCCCUCUCCCCUCCAUUCCCACCGACUGCUGGGGGCCCAGCCACAAAGGAGGCCUGACUCCUGCAUGUGCCACAGGCUUCCUGGCCACUGUUCUGUGAGGUGACAACUGUCAGGGACAGCCAGCUCCUUUUCCCAUGGUCCAGACCGUGAGCACAGCUGGUUUAGGACAGGUUUUCUCUGGAUCCCAUCCUUAUUCAGACUGGAUGCCCCUCUAGCUUUAGGAAGACAGCCCUUUCCUCCUCGACCUGUGAUCACUUCCGUGUCCCCAAGAUGCCCACUGCCAAGCCUCCCCCCACACACACCUAGUUCCUGUGAGCUUCUAUCUAAGACCCCCAGGCUGCCCUCCAAGAUCAGACGAGCUCAGACCCAGCCCUGGGCACGCAGGAGUUCUGAUUCUGUUCCCCUCUGUUGCCCUCCCCCCAUAACCCACCAGAUAAAAUCCAAGAUCCAGGGUUGGAGCAAAGCAGACCCACGCCCUAUCCUAUCACAAUCUGCCUGUCAGGACCUGCAGGCUGUUGUCCCCUCCACUAUUCCCAGAGUUUCACGGUCUCUCACCAUCUCCAGCCACCCCCACUUCUUGCUGAGAUCAUAGCAGCUGGGCUCCCCCUUUCUGUCCCUGUCAUCCCCCAGACUGCUGUCAAUGCAGCAGCCAAAGGGACCUGUUAAAGCCUAGGUCCCACCUCACCGGGGCCAGCCCGACAUAGCUGGCCGUCGCCUCCAACCUCAUCCCUCCUGUCUCUCUCGGGCCACACAGGCUGCUUCCUUGUUUCCACAUUUCAGGUACACCGCCGCCCUACAGACUCGGUCCCUGCUGUUCCCUGACACCCCGCCCUGCUCCCUCCCUGACACCUGAAGUAUCUGCCCCGCCAGCUUUCCAGAGGGCUGACCCAGAGCGGCCGGUCCGCAAUCCUGUGGGCACACAGACGCCCGUGCCCCCUUGGCCCCUGCGCCCCCACGACCCCUCCUCUCCUCACACGUCAGGUCUUUCCCAUUCCCUCGCUACCACAGCACCAGGAGGUAGGACGGGGUCCGGAAAGGAGAACAUGACCAGGAAUCAAAGAACGCCCCAGCCUCGUGCCCAGCCCGGCCACCUGUGACCAGGCCGGACGAAGAGCUCCUACUAUCCCAUUCG